UAAUCACUAUUUAAUUGAUUUAAAAUAGAGAGCGGAAGUAGUAGGAAUAAGAAACAUGAUUUCCAAGCAUUGAACAGAUGUGAACAUAACCUAUAUUUUCCAAUAUUGUAAACAGUGAUAGCUGAGCACAUGGUAUUGCAAUUUUGUGUGGAUAAUGAAACAUCACAUUUUUAAAUUUGUUUUAUACUAUUAUAUGUGUGAAAUAAUUAUUUAUUCGGUUGUUUCUGUAAUAAUUAUUUGAAGCGUAAUAAAAUUUAAUUUAAAAAAUGGGAAAGAAAAGAUACAAUUGGAAAGCAAGAAAUGUUUCUGACAUUGAGAUAGAUAAUACUGAAACAAAAAAGAUACCUUUAGAUAUUGAACAUAGAAAAGAUAAUUAUGAUAAUUGUAAUGCUCUGGUAUUACCAAAUCAAAAAAGAAAUACUAAAAAUAAAGAAAAGAAAAUAUCAGUAACACGUAUAUUAUCUAAAAAACGUAGAAAACAAUUAGAAAAAAUAGUAGAAAAGAAACAAAAAAAAUUACAACGAUCAACAUUACUAGAGGAAUUAGCUAAAGUUCAAGCUUCACAGGAAGAAUUAAAGAAAUAUGUUUCUUUAGCUUCAGUGCAAACAAAAGGAUUGAAACGUCACUUUAGAGAGUUAAAUGUAGAGUCUACUACAGAAACUUUAAUUAAUUCAGUUGAUGAAUCUAAAAUAAAUUAUACAGAAUCUAGUUUAAAUGCGAUUAAAGGUGGAAAAAGAAAAAGACUGUCUAUACUUAAUAAUCAGAAACAGGAGUUUUCUAAAUCAGAUCUAAAUACGGUUGGAUUUGAUGAAUCUAGUGAGAACGAAUCUGAAUGUAGCAGUAGUGAAUGUGAGAAUGAAAAUGAUCUAGAAUAUAAACAAAAGAAAAGUGAAAUGGAUAUUAUGAAUGAAAAGAAUCUUGUAGAAGAAGAAGAAGAAGAAGAAGAAGAAAGGAAAAAAUCACAUAAAGAAAAUAUUAAUUUAGAAGAAAUAAAAUCUCUUGAAAAUGAACAUGAAAAGACUUUACUAGAUGUGCAAUCAAAAGUAAAAGUAUCCCAAAAUACUAUAGCUACAAACAAAACUACUAAAACACCAGCAGUUUAUGUUACAUUAAACAGAAAACCAGAAAUGCAAGCAGCUAGAUUAAAAUUACCAGUUGUAGCAGAUGAACAAGUCAUUGUAGAAACUAUUAAUGAAAAUUCAGUAGUGAUCAUUACUGGAGAAACAGGAAGUGGUAAAACAACACAAGUACCCCAAUUUUUAUAUGAAGCAGGUUAUGCACAAAAUAAAUUAAUUGGUAUAACAGAACCUAGAAGAGUAGCAGCAAUGUCUAUGAGUAAAAGAGUAGCAGAAGAAAUGAAUCUUACUGAAAAGGAAGUUUCUUAUCUUAUACGAUUCGAAGGAAAUGUUACACCAGAAACAAAAAUCAAAUUUAUGACAGAUGGAGUUUUAUUAAAGGAAAUACAAAGUGAUUUUCUAUUGACAAAAUAUUCUGUAAUAAUUUUGGAUGAAGCACAUGAAAGAAGUGUUUAUACUGAUAUUUUAAUAGGAUUAUUGUCUCGUAUUGUACCACUGCGUAACAAAAGGAAAAAUCCACUUAAGCUUAUAAUUAUGUCAGCAACACUAUGUGUUGAAGAAUUUGUUAAAAAUACUAAAUUGUUCAAAGUGAAACCCCCAGUAAUUACAGUAGAAUCAAGACAAUUUCCUGUAACAAUACAUUUUAAUAGAAGAACCAGUGAGGAUUAUGUGACUGAUGCUUUAAGAAAAGCAAUAAAAAUUCAUACACGUUUACCAGAAGGAGGCAUUCUUAUAUUUUUAACAGGUCAACAAGAAGUGAAUUCAGUUGUACGUAAAUUACGUAAAGCAUUUCCAUUUAAAAAAGGUAAAACUAAUUUAUUAGAAGCAAAAAUUGAAGAAAACAAGGGAGCAAAUGCAAGCGAUCCUGAUGAAGAAAAUUCUGACGAUGAUUUUGAUGACAAAGAAGCACUUAAACGAAAUAAACAACAACAUAAAAAACAAUUUUUAAAUUUACCACGUAUUGAUUUAGAUAACUAUUCGAUAAUGCCUACGGACGAUACGCAUGAGGAUAUUGUUGAUAUAGGAGGUGGAGAUGGGGACGGCAAUAUAGAUGAAGAUGAGAGCGAAGAUGACGAUGCUUUCCUUUUAAAAGGAUUAUCAAAUACACAACCACUAUGGGUUCUACCACUUUAUUCUCUACUACCUAGUUAUAAACAAGCAAGGGUCUUUGAACGACCUCCAGAAAAUUGUCGUUUAUGUGUAGUAUCAACGAACGUAGCAGAAACUUCAUUAACAAUACCAAAUAUCAAAUAUGUCAUCGAUUGCGGUCGAUGCAAAAUGAGAAUGUAUGAUAAAGUUACUGGUGUAAGUACGUAUAAUAUCUGUUAUAUAAGCAAAGCUGCUGCAAAUCAACGAGCAGGUAGAUCUGGCAGAACAGCAGCUGGUCAUUGUUAUAGAUUGUAUUCUUCUGCAGUUUUCAAUGAUCAAUUUACACAAUUUAGUAUGUCUGAGAUCCAAAGAAAACCAAUUGAUGACUUAGUUUUACAAAUGAAAGUUAUGAAUAUUAAUAAAGUUGUUAAUUUUCCAUUCCCAACUGCACCAGAUCCUUUACAACUGAGAGUAGCCGAAACACGUCUUCUAACUUUAGGUGCAUUAGAACAAUCUUCUCUUCAUAAAGAAGAUGCAUUUAAUGCAAAAGUGACUUCACUUGGACGCAGCAUCGCAGCAUUUCCAGUUGCUCCUCGAUAUGGCAAAAUGUUAGCAUUGUCAUAUCAACAUAAUUUAUUGCAAUAUACAAUUUGUAUGGUUGCAGCUCUUUCUGUUCAAGAAGUAUUAAUAGAAGGUCUUAAUAUGGAAGGUAAAUUAAAAAAUAAGUGGUUGCAAACGCGGCGUAUUUGGGCUGGAAUUGGCAAUAGUUUACUUCUUGGUGACCCAAUGGUUUUAAUAAAAGCUAUUGGAGCAGCUGAAUAUGCAGGAUCUAAAGGAAAGCUUAUAUCUUUUUGUGAAGAAAAUGGUUUGCGUCAUAAAGCAAUUGUAGAAAUUAAAAAACUCAGACAACAAUUAACUAAUGAGAUAAACUUAAAUGUCCCGGACAUAAAUCUUAUUAUCGAUCCAAGCAUGUCUCCACCUACGGAUAUACAAGCAAAAUUAUUGCGUCAAAUACUUCUUGCUGGUAUGGCAGAUCAAGUUGCGCGGAAAGUACUUUCAGAAGAGAUUGAAGAUCAAGAUAAAACAAAAUGGAAAUACGCUUAUAAAACUGUAGAAAUGGAAGACCCUGUAUUUAUGCAUUCGUCGUGUGUUCUUCGGAAGACAAGUCCAGAAUGGGUUGUUUAUCAAGAGAUAUAUGAAACAAAUAAAUUAUAUAUGCGUGGUGUAACCGCAAUAGAACCAGAAUGGCUUCCGAAGUUCGCUCCAACCUUAUGUACAUUAAGCGAGCCUCUGAUUGAACCUUCUCCAAGAUAUGAUCUUCAUUCUGGAAAAGUUUUGUGUCAUAUAACAGGCACAUUUGGUCGAGCUGGUUGGCAAUUACCAAUGAUCGAAAUAGAAUAUCCAAUGAAUGUAGAAGGAGUAAAAUGGUUUGCACGAUUUUUUUUAGAGGGCCAAGUGUGUCCAAAAUUAAAAAGAUUUGUACCUGUUUUGUUAUCAACCCCAGGCAGUGUAAAUAAAUCGUGGGCUAAAUUAUUACCACGUACAGAAGCAAUAACAAAAACGUUAUUGUCAGAAGGAGUUAUGUCAAAAUGUAAAUUAAUAGAGAUUUGGAAUAAAGAUAAAAUCUUCCUUUUAUCUGCUUAUCAGAAAUGGUUACCUGAAUCGACACAUUCGGAAAUAGCUUCAUUAUGGCCACCAAUAUAAUAAUUCAUAUUGUCCAUUUGUAAACAUGUAAAUUUGUAAUGUACGAAUAUGUUAAUAACAACAUAAUAUAAUUA